AUGUCCGCAUCAGUUUUUCUAAUUCCUGGUGUCAGAAAAUUCUCAAGAAGGAAACUAGUGAAAGGAGACCAAUAUUUUGAUUCUGUGAGUGACGUCUUGAGCAAAGUUGCCAAAGAACCUGGGCUUCUUGAGCUUGAAGCAGGAGAAGACAAUGGUAACAAAGAACAAGAUGAUCAUGAUCUGCCUACAAGGCAACGCCAUUGUUAUCUUCAACCCCGAACUCCGAAUCGCAAUAGUGAAAUUAUGAAAUUUACGGUUGUAGUUACCAGUCUCACUAAUGGGAAACCUUGUAAAUUUAAAGAAUUGAGAAGCCUUCCAUUUGAAAUUUCCUACAUGUUGACUUCGCGAAACUGUUCCAAAGUUAGUGAUGAGAAAAGCACUGAUAAGAACAUUGAUGAAUCUGAUAGUGUCAAUACCAUGCAUGUUGAUUCUGGAGAGACAGAUCAUGAUGCCACUAUCCAGACAACGAAAUUCAACGGGGAAAUGCUUCCUGGUAGGAAAGAUCACUACCUUGAAGAAAAAAAAAAAUAUUUACACGAGGACAAACAAUCGAGGGAGGUGGUAAACUCCCGCUUGAGCCGGAAGCAGAAACAAGAAAAUGUAGACAUUAUUGCUCCCAUCAUGAAACGGCAGAGGGUACUAACUGCUUGUAGUUGUGAGGAAACAAGAAAUGGCUCGAUUCAUUCCUUGAGGGUUCCUAGAUCAGAAAAUAAGAUUUCUAGUUGCUUCUCUGGCAUUCAUGAAUUUUCUGAGUGCAUAUCGAUUGAAGUUGGUUCUUCUCAAGAUAAGUUGUCAUCCACCAGUUCCCCAAAAGGUAGUCCCAUUGGUAGCGUUGAGUGUACUCCUAAUAGAAAUAUUGAUGCAGCAGAAGCCCCUGUGGAGAACCCGCAAACUCAGACAUCGAUUGACCUUAAUUUUCCACAAGUUCCCCCGGACUUGGAGAAUGUUUUCUUAGCAACAGAAUCAAAAAAUUCCUCUGCCAUUGAAUCUAGUUAUGAGCAGAAGCCUAGCAUGAAUAUUCGAAGGCAUAGCACUAGGAACCGGCCUCCAACUGUCCGAGCACUUGAAGCUCUGGCGAAUGGAUUUUUAACUGCAAAUCGGCGGAAAAGUAAAAAUUCCUGUAGUUAA